AUGAUUCAAUGGAUAUUUGGCCUUUACAAUGACUCGCGAUUAUACACUCCUAAUCUGCGCACACUCGCCUUCCACCGGAAUUCUGUACAGCUCACCAACAGCUACGUCAAUCAGCUUUGUACUCCAACGCGAAGCGCCUUUAUGACUGGCUAUUAUCCAUUUCGAGUUGGCACACAGAACGGUGUUUUCUUGCACAUGGAACCUAGCGGUGUACCUCUUUUGUUUCCAUUUCUUCCUGAAAAUCUUCGCUCUCUCGGCUAUUCGACGUAUCUCAUCGGAAAAUGGCAUCUGGGUUACUGUAGACGAGAAUUUUUGCCGACAUCACGCGGUUUCGACUAUUUCUAUGGAUUUUACGGUCCUCAAGCUGGUUAUUUCAAUCACAGCGCCGACCUAUGGCACCAUGCUCUGAAACGAGUUGUGCGUGGUGUCGAUUUGUUCGAAGAACUUGGAAGCGGUUAUAGUACCCCCGUGUUCGAUCAGAAUGGAGUUUAUUCAACGGAUCUGUUUGCCGAUGCUGCUAUGGAGGUGAUUGAAGCACACGAUACAUCGAAGCCGUUCUUCUUAUUUCUUUCCUUUCAAGCUGUACAUCCACCUCUUCAGGUAAUAAUGUGGUUUCAAUUUAUAAAAUUUACUGCGGUACUGAUUUUAAAAAUACUUGCCUUUAGCUUGCGAAUGCUCACAUCAAUGGAUUUCGCAAUCGGCCGUGUUAUUGACUUCCUGAAGGCGACGAAAAACUAUGAGGAUACUGUGGUCAUUUUUACUAGUGAUAAUGGCGGUACAUCGCAGUUUGGUGCAUCCAAUUACCCUCUAAGAGGCGAAAAGGACACAUUAUGGGAAGGUGGAACGAAGACCACCACUAUUGUUCACGCUCCUAAGUUUAUUCGUCUGAACGGAAUUCGGCCAGGACUUUUUCAUGUAGUUGACUGGCACGCAACGUUGCUAGCCCUUGCAGGAUUGCAGAUUGAAUCAUACGGAGACGGAAUCAACCAAUGGGAUUACAUUGCAACUGGUUUUCCACGGCUUCGUCGGUUCCGGUUUGUAUACAAUAUUGACGAUCAAGGGUCAGCAAUACGCGACGGGGAGUUUAAGUUGAUACAUGGCAAUGCGGAUCGACGAACGUUGCGACUGAAAUUACUCCAACUGCAGAAGUAUAUGCGAAAAAAUGUGCGCAAGCCGGUGACGCUGAAAGGCAAUCCGGAAAUGCAUAACGGAAGCUACGCGAGUUACUGGUGUACGUAG